AUGGAUGGAUCAAAAUAAUCAUUCAAAAGUAGUGUCAAAGGGAUUAUACAACCAAAAACAUUUGGUAAUGCAACUCAAAAUCCCAAUAUGUCUGGUUAAUUAGGUUAAGAAUAGAAACCUAAAUCUAGAUUUAUUUAACCAAAUAUGACUGGUUAUGCAAAUGUACCAGCAUCAUAAAAAGUUUCUAUUAAACCAGUAGACUUAAGUCAACAAUCUAAUAAAAGAAAUGAAGAUGUUAAUGUAGCUACAUUUCUUGUACCUGAUGGAAUGACUAAAUAAUAAUAUUAAUAACAGAGUGCUGUUGUUUCUUAAAACUUUUAAAUUGUCGACUUAUAUCCUGUAUAAAUUAAAGAUACAGAUAUUAAAGAUGAAUAAGAUACUGCUGAAAGUUAAGAAUAAGAAGAAGUUAUUCCCUAUUAAAUAAGUGUUUAUCAUUAUAAAGCUUAAAGAUAAAAUUUUAAUAUCGUUCUUAAUAUUAAAGAUUCUGAUGAUAGAAAUACAAGAAUGGAAGUCAAUUAUUAGGAAACUGAAAUUGGAAAAUUUGGAAAUGCUACUGUUAAUAUGAUUUAUAGAUAAAAACUGUUAUAUUUACCUGAAAAGUCCAUAAAAUUAUAAUAAUAAUAAGGAAGAGUUCUCCCAGUUGCUCUUGAAAUAUUACCUUAAUCUUAAGAUAAUUAUAAAAGAAUAUCCAUUAAAUUAUCUGAUCAAGUUUAAGCCAUUUUGGUAUAAAUAAAAGAGAAUACUGCUUAAUUUGAUUAAGUUGUCAAAGAACUUUCAAAAUAUUCUGUUGUUUCUUAAAUAAAACAAAUAGUUAUUGAUAAAUCAUAUCAUAAAAUUUUGGAUAGAUUAAAUGUAUUACAAUAAAUUAUGAAUCAAAACCUCAAUAAAAUAAAUGAACUUAUUUAACUUACUGAAAUAUAAAAUGAAAAAGUACCUGCAGUUUCUAUGUAAAAUAUGAUUGAUUUUAUCAUAAAAUUACCAUAAUAAUAAACCAUAGAAUUUUCAUAACUAAAAUUUGCAUCAUUUUAUACAUGUCAAGUUAUGUGUAAAUAAUUAGAAGUUUAAGAAGAACAAUGUACUAGUUGUUCUUAAUUUGUUAUUUAAUUUAAUCAAGGUGUUGACGCUGUUCAAAUUUUAUAUGAUUUUGCAAAAUUAAAAAUACCUAAAUUGUAUAAUAAAUUGGAUAUCAUUAAUAAUAAAUUAAAUUUAAUUGUUUUACCAUACCUAGAAUUUAGAUAAAAAAAUGAUUUUAUCCUUCAAGAUAUUUAAAAAGUAGAUUUAAUCUAAAUUUAUUAUAGUAUCUCAUUAAAAUGUCUGAGAAGAAACAUUUCAUAAUGAAAACUUUGAUGUAAGAAAUCAUGACAAAAGAAGAAGUUGAACAUCUAGAUUAAAAUUAUAUAUUAAAUCAAUAUGCAACUUAUAGGAAUCAAAUAAUUAGAAAUCCAAAUAAAUUUAAUUAUGAAAUUUUGAAAAAAAGACCUCUUUUCAUUCUAUAAUAAAUUAAAUUGUAAUUAAAUUAAAUCAUAUUGAAUUAGACUGUUUCAUGCUUAAUUAUAAAUUGAAGACCUAUUUUUUAAAAUUUAAAAUUUGCGAAAUGUAUAUGACACAUAUGUUCAAUUUCCAAUUUUUGAAUUUUAAUUAAAACAAGUUUAAUUGAAUAAGAUAAAAAUCUAAAAAGAAACUUUAGAUACAGAUGAUUAAGAAGUAUUUAGAGAUAAAGUAGUUGAAUUGAAGUAAAAAAUGAUAGAGUUAAAUUAGACAAGAUAUGGACAUCUUAUUUAAGUUUCAAAAUAUGUUUCCUAGUGAAGUAGAAGGUUUACCAUAUGGAUUUAUACGUUUUAAAGAUUGGGUAGAUAGUGAAAUUGGAUCUGGUUUAACAUUAUUAAGAAUUUUAAAUAGUAAAUUACAUUCAAUUGAUAUCCUUGAAAAUUAAAUAAGUGAAGCUGAAGGUUUACAAUUAAUAGAUAAAAGCAAAAAAUUAAUUUUAUAAAUUUAAAAAUUAAUUGAUUAAGAAAUACCAUUACAUUAUUAUGAUUCUAAAUUAAAAUUACCAUCUGAUAUUUAAAAUGCUGUUACAGAAAUUUGCACUAAAUAUUUUUUUGAUGAUGAAGCUAAAUAAACACCUUCAAAAACACCAUAAUAACUUCCAAUUGCUCCGCCUAAUGGAUAAAUUACUCUCCUUGAAUAAUGUAGUAAAGUUCUUGAGAGAUUAUCAAAAGCUAGAGAGAGUAUUUUAAUUAAAAAAUAAAUCAUUUAAGAAAUAGGCUUAUAAUAUUCAUCUUUAAAUGAUUAUUGUUUUAAAUAUCAAAUAUGGGAGCAUAUUAAUGCAACUAGAUAUUUAAUGACUUCAUAAAUGUUUUAUGACAUUAUUUCUUAAAUUAUUAGUGUAGAACCACAAAGAUUUACUCUUGAAGGUACAAUCAAAAAAAUUAGAGACCAUAUGAUAUAUUUUGAAAUGAAUUAAAAUGUCUAAACUAGCGUUUCUUUCAAAGUUCAUCUAAAAGAUGGUUUAUAGCUAUUUUAAUUAUUCAAAGAUAGUUCAGAUGAAUAUAAUAGGUUGCUAAUAGCUAAUUCAAAAAAACCAGGAUCAGUAAGUAUUGAUUCAUUAAUUAAUUCCUUAACAAAUAAUGUGAAUAAUUUUUUGAAAAUUAAGACUUGCACCUUAACCUAAUAAAAAGAUGCUAUCUUAAGAGCUAUGCCUCUAUUUAUAAAUAUGAUAAAGGAAUAAUUUGAAGAUUCAUCUAAAGCAGCUGAACUUGAUUAAAAGUUUUCAGAAGCAGAAACAGUCCUAGUUGAAACAGAUACAUUUUUUUCAAAAGGAGAAAGCAAAUUAGGAAAAAUAUAUGAAUUGGGUGUUGAAGCUGUGGGAUAAGAUAAAAUAAAAAAAACUAUGUCCUUAGAAUAGUUUCGAAUGAAUUUGGGGUUUGAUUCAUAAAUUUAACUUUUAAAAGAUAAAGCUGAAGCUGCUCAUAAUUAAUUUUUAAUGUAAUUAUUUAUUUUAUAUUCAAGGUAUAAAGAAAAGUUAUCUCUUAAUAGUCUUCCAAUCUAUAAGAAUAAAUUAGAGUAAAAAUUAAAAGAAUUUGAAUCAUUAAAUUAAACAAUUUUAAUGUUUGAUAAAACAAUUACUUCAAUCUAUUAUAGUUCUAUUGAUUUCUUAGAUGCUUUAACUGAAUUAUAAUAAAAAAUUGAAAAUAUGCUCUCAUUAGCUAAUUCUUCUUUUAUUUUAGAAGGAUUAAAUAAAUAAUUAAAAUAAUAAUAAGAUACUUAUGGAGAAGUUAAAAAAAUUUAAUCAGGAAUUAAAUUACAUCCUUCUAUAGAACCAAUAGUCUUGACAACCUAAGAAAUUUAAGUAAAUUUAAUAGAAAUGUUAACUAAUAUGAUCUAGAUUAUAACUUCAUUUGUUGAAAUUUAUGAUGGUUUUAUGUUAUUUUAAGAUUAAAUCAAUUUAUUAAGUGAGGAAUUCUUUUAAAGUGUUUAUAGAUGGUUAACAUUUUUUGAAGGAAAACCUUCUGAUAGAAAACUUAUAUAUUAAGAAGCACUUUUAAAAAUAGAUGUUGCUAUUGAAAAAAUUGGAAAAUUUCCAAUUUUAAGAGUUCCUUGUACUAAAAUUUAUUAAACUUUAAAAAAAGUUGUCGAAACCUAUUAAAGAGAUGUUAAUACUGAAGUUAUGAAAAUGUUAUCAGAGUUUGGAUAAACUUAUUAAACUAAAGGAAAUAAAGUAUAAAGCUUUUAAGAAUUUUAAAAUGAAUUAACUUAUUUAUUAACACCUGAAAAUUCAAAAGAAGCUACUAGAAAAGCAUUACAAGCAUUUUUUGAAAAAAACAAAAAGGCUGAAUAACCAUUAUCAAGAAUGUCUUAAUUUGUUAAAGCCACUUAAACUAUAUCAAAAGAUGAAAGAUUAAAAUCUAUGAAAAGAUUAAAAAAACUUUAAAAUCCAGAUGAAAUUUAAACUUAAAUGGGAGGUGGAUAAAUGGAACAUUGGAUAUCAUCUUGCAAAAAUAUGACAAAUGCAUUAGAAAUGUAUUUUAAGAAUGUCAAUGAUAAUCAACUUUAACCCUUAGUAAAUUAUACACGUAAUUUUUUAUAUAAAACUAUUUAGAAAAAAUAGAAGAAACAACUAAGGGCAUGAACAAUUAAGAUCUAAAGAAAUUUAUUGGAAGAUUUUUAGAAAUGCUUAAGAUAGAUUAUAAUCUUAGUAAAUUUUAAUGA